UCCGAACCCAGACCAGUCGCAGCCAUUUUCCUCCGCGAAAUAAACUUCAAUCUCUAUGCUAGACGGGGGGAAAACCCAAAAACACUUCAGACAAUUCCGUUGACAUUCAAGGAUACCUCGUUGUGGGCCGCGGCUCGAAUGGAACCGGCUUUCAAGUCUUCGCAAUUCGGUUCAACCCGAUGGCUUAGCGUGAGUCUUGGCAGCAACUAACCCAGACAUCUCUUCCUUCCGUCCCUUGCUGUCUUCUGUUACUACAGGUAGCGGGGAGACAUAACACAAAGGGACGGUGACCCAUACUCCUCUUGCUUGGCUCCACCCCAAUCCCCUCCUGAGGCAGGAUGGAGCCCCAGGGGCAGCUCGGAGUGGAAGGGGAUGGUGGGAUGUCAAAUCUACUGGUACCCAGUCCCCAGAGCGAGGCGGUGACCCACGAGAUGGAGGAGCUGUCGCUGCAGCCCACGCAGAGCCUGCCGCCGCUCAAUGAACGCAAAAAUGUGCUGCAGUUGAGGCUUCAGCAAAGGCGUACCCGCGAGCAGCUGGUGGACCAGGGCAUCAUGCCACCUCUGAAGAGCCCGGCAGCUUUCCAUGGGCAGAUUCGGAGCCUGGAGAGAGCCAGGACUGAGAACUUCCUAAAGCACAAGAUCCGCAGUCGCCCAGAGAGAGCAGAGUUGGUCAGGAUGCACAUCCUGCAAGAGACCGGAGCAGAGCCCUCCCUGCAGGCCACUCAGAUGAAGCUGAAGAGGGCCCGACUGGCUGAUAACCUCAAUGAGAAGAUCGCCCAGAGACCAGGCCCGAUGGAGCUGGUGGAGAAAAACAUCCUGCCAGUGGAUUCCAGCCUUAAACAGGCCAUUAUUGUGGGCCAGGUGAACUACCCCAAGGUUCUGGAUGAAGACAGCAGUGAUGCCCUGUCUCCGGAGCAACCAGCCAGUCAGGAGUCUCAGAGCUCUGUCCCCUCACCAGGGGACAACAGAAUGCCAGAGACACCGUCUCCAGUCAUGGCAACAGCGCCACCACCCAGCACCAUGCUGCAGGCCCUCCCAACAACAGACUUCAGGAAAGUGAUCUCCACCAAUGAGCAGCCCAUCAGCCGCCCAGCUGUCCCUCCUGCUCAGCCGCUCACUACAGCUGCUCACCCAAAACCAGGCCCAACCCUGGUGAAACAAAGCCAGCAGAAAGCUCCCUCAGAGAAGAGUCGCAGCAAGAAGGGCAAAGAGCCAAAGCCAAGGGUGAAAAAGCUCAAGUACCACCAGUAUGUUCCACCAGACCAGAAGCAGGAGGCCAGCGAGGCGCCCAUGGACUCGUCGUAUGCCCGAUUAUUGCAGCAACAGCAGCUGUUCCUGCAGCUGCAGAUCCUCAGCCAGCAACAGCAACACUACAACUACCAGACUAUAUUACCAGCACCUCUCAAACCUGUGGCGGAGGGUCAGAGCAACAGCGCCGGCACCCUGCCAACUUCUAUUGUGGUGUCUUUGCCCACGGCACCUCCACCUCCCCCGCUGCCUCCAGCUCCAACUCGGCCAAACAACUCGCUAUCCAACCGCAAGCCAGGAGUCUUGCCUGCCAACCUGGAGGAGAUGAAGGUGGCUGAGCUAAAGCUGGAGCUCAAGCUGCGUGGGCUCCCAGUGUCGGGAACAAAGACCGAUCUGAUAGAAAGACUGAAGCCUUUCCAAGACAAUCCCAGCACCACUGCUCCUACCACCAUUCCUGCUCCUGCCACUACCACCUUCUCAGCCAUCCCCAUGGAGGUCACCACAACUUCCGCCCCUGCCGUAGUCCUUCCAGUCCAGCAGGUGGCUCCAGAGAAUAUGAGCUCCACGCCGCCGGUCUCACCCAUUCCUCCUGAGCCCGCCAUCCUCCAGCAGGACAUAGGUAUGUCCGAGGCUCUAUCUGAGAUUCAAAUGAUGAGCUCUGGUUCGAUAGGACCACGGUCCUCCCCACUGCUGCCUUUUCGCGUCCCAGAAGAAAAGGACAGAAGGCUCCAUGAGAAGGAGCGGCAGAUAGAAGAGUUGAUGAGGAAGCUGGAACAGGAGCAGAAGUUGGUGGAGGAGCUGAAGAUGCAGUUAGAGGUGGAGAAAAGAUGUCAGGGUGGCAGCCCUGCCGACUCUAUCUCUGUACCUCCCCAGCUCACAUCUGUUCCUUCCAUUAACUCUCUUCCUGCUGUCCUCAAUUCAAAUGUAGUCAAGAUGGAGGGUACAGUCCUGUCAAACUGUUCAUCCACCGCUGCUGCCAUUCCAAACUCAAUCCUGGCCUCCCAGGCACUCACAGCCCCCCUGCCAACAGUGGUGAAGUUGGAGGAUGUGACUGUUUCUUCUGGCAAGCCCCUCCAGCUCCAGACCCAAACCCAGCUAAUCACCCAGAUCCAGUCCCAAGCCCAGCCUCAAGUAACCCCCAGCCCUCAGCUCCUGUCCCAACCCCAGAAAAGUCCCAAACUGCAGACCAAGCCUCAGGCGCAACCCGCAGCCCCCAGCCUGCAGCAGUUCUUCAUCAGCCAUGCAGGUGGAGUCUCCCAGGUGCUGGGUCAGCCUCAGACCCUGCUAACCACAUCUGGGCAGCCUCAGACCCUGCUGACCACCACUGGCCAGGCUGGAACUCAGAUCCUCCUCCCAGUGUCCCUGCCCAACAACGCUACUGCAAUCCAGCUGCCAAGCACCACUGUCAGCCUGCAGCCUGUUCUCCAGGCCACAGUCUCAAAUCCAGGCCUGGUCCAGGCUACAGUUCCUCAGCUGCAGACCACUAAGAUGGAGAUGGCACCCAGCCAGCAGCCGCUGCUACAGACUUUGACUAUGUGCAAUAACACUACUGGUUUGGAGAACCAGAAUAGACCUGAGUUGAAUCCCCAGUGUUUCCUGAGGAGCUCCCCAGACAACCGAGUCUCUCCGCGGGCUUCACCCAACCACCACCACCACAUCUCCAACGGACCCCUAAAUAAGUCUCCCUCUCCUCAGCCCACCUUCAUACUGCAGCCCGCCUCCCUGGUCGCUCAGCCUCCCAAGACAAGAGAGCCUCCACGUUACGAGGAGGCCAUCAAACAGAGCCGCAACAUGCACAUCAACAAUGUUUCACAGGUUCCCACGGCAACCAGUCAGCAAAUGGAUGACUUGUUCGACAUCCUUAUAGAGAGCGGAGAAAUCACUCCAUUUAUCCAGCAGGACCCUCCAGUGCCUCUCACCAAGACCCUCCCAGUCACAGCCAACAUCACCACUCUUCCAGUCAACACCGUUCUGUCCAGACCUCCUCCACAGAUCCAGGUGGCCCCCCCUCCCACGCUGAGCUCCAUCAUCAACCCCACCUUGCCCAGCCUCUCCUCUCUGGCCACAGACAAUCAACUGGAGGCCUUUCUGGAGGGGACUCUGGCUGACACGUCGCCAGCGUCGGACCCACGCACUCAGGGCCUGAUGGAGGAGCUGCAGGCCCAGCUAAUGGACCAGCAGCCCUACUCGCCCAUGGACACGUCCGACCUGUCCUUCUGCGACUCCUCCUCGCCUCCAUCCUCGCUCAACAUGGGCCUGUCUGACCCGGCCCUGGACAACAUGGAGUGGCUGGACCUCACCAUGCCUCCGGGUUCUGCCGGGGUGCUGACACCGCUGGGGAUCCCGACGGACUUCCUGGACACACACGACCUGCAGCUGCACUGGGACUGACGGAGGGUUGGAUAAGAAAGACGGAGGAGAGUUUGAAGAGCAGCUGAGCCAGGAGUCGAGGGAUGAAGAGGAAAGGGAAGGGAGUGGCAGCUGCAAAGAGGUUGGGUUACCACAUUUUAAAUAAAGGAAUAGAGAGCAUGGCAUCUCUGUGCCAUAUCACUCUUCAAUCAGUGCAUCCACACCAUCUGUAAUAUUCCCACCACUCUCCAGGAGGAGACGCUGUGCAGGCUGAUUCUAGAGGAACCACAAGUAGGAGUUUGCACAGCUUUAAAAGAGGGCCUGUUAUAGCCAGGAAAACGUCCGCACUAAGGUGAUCGUGGUCACUCGUCGUAUUUGUGAUAAAGGGAUUUUAGACAGCUUUUUGGCAUCUGAUGUCACGAUUUUAAGGAUCAUUUACGGAGCCAAGGAGACAGAGCCAAAAUCAGACUGCGAGAACGGACUGUUUGUAAAUACAGUUUAAGCCACACUAAUAGAUGAAACUGUGUCCAUUUUACUGCCUGAGCACAGUGGCUGAAUGUGUAAAAGGGUUUCUGGAGGUGGUCUGAUGAGAAGGCCUUGGAUCCACUGAAGCAUACUGUGCCAUAUGAGGUUACAAAAGCUGGUGGUUACAACAGAACUGUCACUCUAAACGAUAUUUCUAAUGGCUGUAAUUAGCAAUUGAAAAGAGAUUCGAUUCUCGAUAAAGAGACGUUUGAGGCUUGCCCUGGGAUCAUCAGCGCUUUAGGAUGUCAGUACUGACCACCUGGGACAGCUUAGACUAAACCAGUCUAAGUGCUUUGAGAAGUCACCUCGAUCCGUCUGAGGUGCUGGACAGUCGUGUCCAUCUGCUGCUUCUUGAUCCGAAGCCAGACGUCCUCAGUAAGUCAGUCAGUCACUAAGCCAAGUUGUAAAGGGAUUCCUAGAUGAGAGCAGGUCAAGCCUCUGUUCACACUGGUUCCACUUAACUGUGGAUGACAUGUUUGCUGACUAAUCUGAUCCGAUUGUAUCAGACGUGACUGUUUUCUCCUGACUUAUCGUGACCGCCCCGGUCAAAGCUGAACAACCAAUGACUCUAAAAAAAGAUUCGACGAGAGGAGGGAGCUCCUCCAUCAAUGUGAGAGCUAUGCACUAAAGAGGCCGAGAGAUCAGACGAUGAGCCUCAUCCACCUCAGAACAAGGAAAUGUGAACACUGCAUAUCCAAAGUGAUGGGCGUACGGAUCACGUUGCCACCUCUGGAGAUACUGCAGCUUUCCGAGUCUCUUAUUUUGAAUGUACUUUUAAAAAAUAUCUAAAGAAAAAACAAAAAAAUAGGACUUAAAAAAAGUUGGCAGCUUUUUUUUUCCUCUGAUGAGUAAACUGACAUAAAACAGUGGAAAGGGAACAAGUAUCAGUUUAUGCAGACACACAUCCAUAAUAGCUGUGCUGCUGGUUAUAUCAAGGAAUAAAGAUGUCUUCGACGAGCUUUAUAUCUAGCUGUCCUACACUAUCCCUGCACUUUGUCCGUGUGUGUGCGUGCGUGUGUGUGUGUCAGGAUGGGAAAUAACUGCAUCGCUAGCCUGCAAACGUGCUAGUUAAAAAUUGCCUGCAGCUGAUCAGUUAGUUUGCUUUACGAGCCCUUUAUCAACCAACCGACCCUUGGGAGGAAUCAGCAUAUUCUAAAGUAAUAUCCGGCUGGUGAAAUAGCCGAUGCUGCAUCAGCUACUGUGGCCUGUAGACAAAGUUAGCUUCCUGACUGCGUGUGAGAGAAGCCAGCAUGUUGCGUACGCGUGGAUCCGUCUUCCCGUCUCUUGCAUGUACAUCUGUGUCUCCGUGUGCAUGAUUGUACUCACGUUUAAUCUCUGGCUGUUUCAAGCUCUUUCUCUAAAGUUGUCUGAAGAAUAUCAAAUCAAAUCAUUUGCUAACCACUCGGCAUAUUCCAAAUUUGACUCUUCAGAAGGCCUCUGAUGACUGUUUUAGUGUUUUUUAUUUUUACGUCUUGUUCGGUUUGUGUCGGAAACACACGGACACUUUUGAGGCGCGACGCACAAUGAGGAGCUGGUGAAGAGGGCUGUUUAAUUUACUUUCUUUUUAAAUUUGAUUUUAAAUAGUUGCUGUUCACACCUAAAUGUUGAGUUACUGAUUUAGCAUCUCAGUCUAUUUAUUCUUUGGGGACUGAUACAGUUUGUAUGGCACUUUGAAAUAAACCCUUUGUCCUUUUUUUUUUUUUAUAUCGGUCAGUGAAAUUUUCUGUGAAAUCAAGUUUACAUUUAAACCACUCGAUCCUGUUAUUACGUCCACGGGCACUAGAGGGCGUCGGCGCUCUUCUCUUGUCUCUUCACGGCACAUUUUCAACAGCAACUUCAGGGUCAUUUCUAUCAGCAAAAAAAAAAAAGAAAAGAAAUAAGGCUGGGGUUUUUUUGUUUGUUUUUUGCAUUUUAAAGAAAUGUAUCUUCUGUCUGUAUAAUGCUGAUUUUUCUGUCAGCAAUAACGUGGAGAGCUGAUGAGAGCCCUUUACAGUGUCUUGUCAACGUUGCUGCAGUCACACAUUUGUCAUCCGAUCAGGCCGAGACACAUGGAUGUGCUCCAGUCCAACAUGUCUGACCACCUGAAAUGCCAAAUACUGUCUGCACACGCUUUCUUCUGGGCUUCUGGUGCUGCGUUUAGUGUUUCAGUUGUUUUCUACAAGCCCGUGUUAAAGAUGGAGUAAGCCGUUCUCGAGAAAGUCUGUUGAUCCUCGUGAAGGGGGUGUAUCUGAAAAACGUCAUUGAAUAAACGACUUCUAAGCGCACAAAGACCAUCUAAAACACAACAGAACAAAACCAAGCGAGAGUUUGUUUAAACCGGUUUUACCCUCCUAGAGUCAGCUCUAGAAACCAUCCUCUCCUAGAGGUCGGGCGUCUUGGUCCGUGUCCAUAAGCGAAGAAGCAGAGCACAGUGGUGCAGAAACAAAAGAACAAAACCUUCUUGCUAAAUAGAGAUUUAAAAAUGAUAUUUAUUUACAUAGUUUAUGUAGUUUUAAUUAAAAACAGGGUUCAUGUUGUAGGACAAUGACAAACUUAUGUGCAAAAAAUGAGACAAAACAGCAUAAAAACUUGUAAAAUUAAUGUGUGAAGCAAAAUCAAACAAUCUAAAAUACUAAAAAGCCAGACAGAAACCAGGAUAACUUCUAAAACUAGUUGUAUGACUAGGAACGUAACAACUAAUAGGAGCAACUAAAAGCCAUUGAAAACUGACUUUAGUCGCGACGUUCCCAUCAAGUUUUUUUGCCUCCAACUUUAAUAUUUUCCAGUUUUAUUUGACUGUAUAGUCAAUGACGAUCAUCUUAUCCUUUGGAAAGAUGUGCAGGAAGUCGUAGGGACGCCCUGUACACGAGCACAGACGAGCUGGUUGGACUAGAAUAGUUUAGCGUCCAUCUCUUAGAACCACUUAUUUUCGUUUCUCAAUUCCGAGAGCUAAAGCUGUGUAAGAUUUCUUAGCAGACUGUGAGGAGACAUUCGCUCAAUUUGACGUAAAGAUUUGAAUCUCUUACUCCACCUUUAAGUCCUGUCAAGAGAUGACCUCAGUCUCCUGCUCGCAUCUGGUUCGUCUCGGACCUGCUUGCAAAUCUGGAUGUAUUCCUUUGUUUCCACUUUGCGACAUGUUUAGUAUCGUGUUGGAUGAACCGUGAAAGUUCACGUCUCUUAGAUGAUGAGUUUUUCCUCUUCGGGGUGUCGGCUUUAAGGCUGUCACAUUUGAUUUUUGUUCGCCAAAAACGGCAGUGGAACAUGUUUUUGAGUUUUGUUAAUUCUGUCACAUUUUUAUAUACAUACAUGUUUAUAUAUAUAUAUUUAUCUCUUCUUCUGUUUUUUAAGGAUUUAAAUUCAAAUUGAAUCCUGUUUUCAUGGUAAAUCUGUAAAAGAAGACUUCAUGUGUAUAUUUUGGGUUGCAGAGUUUGUUUUUUUUUCCCUCCUUGUUUUAUAUUCCAUAUCAGACGUACACAAAUCUUACAACUGCGGUAAAUCGACACGUGUGAUUUACGCUCGCCGCCGCUCGCCAUCGUUGGCAGCCGAGCGGCAAGACAAGGACGGCUAGAAGCAAUAACGGCUGCUCUCCCGUGAUGUACUGUACUGUAUGUCAGCUCCUGCCUUGAUUUUAUUAACAUAAGAGCCUUUACCACAGAGUAAUACAGUUUAAGAGCACUUCAUAUCCGAGUGGUUCAGUGGGAGGAGGGGGGGAGGUUUGUUUAAAACAAAUAAAAAAAAAAACCCUCUUAUGUGCGUUUUGUGGAAGCAGCAUCAGUCUGAGGAACUCUACAGGUUCUGUCGGCUCAGGCUUCCUGCUAUUGAUUCCAGCUCUCCUCGUUCACCGCUUAUCAUCCUGUGAGCGUUGUUUAUUUUUUAUUUUUGUGGUGACGGAGCUUGAGAUGGAACCUCUCGAGUCUCCGCACCCCUCCGUCAGCCGGUUUCACAGUGAAGGAUUUCUGUUGCUCCUCUCUGUCUCCGCCACCCAUGCCAUGCCUCUUGUCGUUUGUAACGCCAUAUGUUUUGCACAUUGUGUACAUAUUUAUAUAGAUGUAAUGCAUAUUUUUAUACAUGUGUAACAUCCAUUGGGCUCUCUAUUUUGUAAAUACUCAAAAAGAUGUAUAUAAGUACUGUAUGCUUUUAUGUGUCAAUAAAAUUUGGUGUACUGUGA